AAAACAAAAAACAAACAAAAGCCGUAAAUUCCAAAGCGGCAAACUGACGACCUAGAAAGAAAAAAACUCAUUUCAUUCCCAUCUCUCAUGCGGUGGUGGUGAGAGGUAGCAGAGUCAAAUAGGAAAAAAACCUAGUGUUGAUUUAUCUUCGUUUACAAGUAAAACUUUUCCUUACAAAAUCCUCAGAUCUCUCUUAUUUCAUUCUUAGUAUCACCAGCAAAUUGAAUUCAAACAGUAGUUAUGGCUGGGCGUUAUGAUAGUAAUCCUUUCGACGAGGAAGAAGUAAAUCCAUUCUCGCAUCCUGGUAGUGUUGCUGCUGCCACGAACUCAAGGCUUUCACCUCUUCCUCCUGAACCUGCAGGAUUCAACUAUGACCGUGAUGCAAAUAUUAAUAUCCCUCUUGAAUCAACUAAGGAUUUAAAGAAGAAAGAGAAGGAGCUCCAAGCCAAAGAGGCUGAAUUGAAGAAAAGAGAACAGGAACUUAAAAGGCGGGAAGAUGCUGCAUCACGAGCUGGAAUUGUCAUAGAGGAGAAGAACUGGCCGCCAUUUUUCCCCAUAAUUCAUCAUGAUAUUGCAAAUGAAAUACCAAUCCAUCUACAAAGGCUACAGUAUAUUGCAUUUACUACAUUUUUAGGAUUGGUAGUGUGUCUUCUUUGGAAUCUUAUUGCAGUUACAACUGCUUGGAUUAAGGGAGAAGGUGUUAAAAUUUGGUUCCUUGCUAUCAUCUACUUUAUUUCUGGAGUUCCUGGAGGCUAUGUGUUAUGGUACCGUCCACUUUAUCGUGCCAUGAGGACUGAAAGCGCUCUGAAGUUUGGGUGGUUUUUCUUCUUUUACUUGAUUCACAUAGGCUUCUGCAUCUUGGCAGCGGUAGCUCCUCCAAUUAUCUUCAAAGGAAAAUCCCUGACAGGUAUCUUAGUUGCGGUUGAUGUUGUGGGCACCAGUGCUUUGGUUGGGAUCUUCUACUUUAUUGGAUUUGCGCUCUUCUGUCUUGAAAUAGUAAUUAGCAUCUGGGUUAUUCAGCAAGUAUACAUGUAUUUCCGAGGCAGUGGAAAAGCUGCAGAGAUGAAGCGUGAGGCAGCUAGAGGAGCCAUGAGGGCAGCGAUAUGAGAUUUACCACACCACUGACAUUAUGGAUAGGUUGUAUCCCCUUGUCUAUUGUUAUUUGGAGAAAUAUAUGUCUUUGGUCAGGCAACGGCUUCUUCGUCAUGCACUCGCCACACGUGAUGGUUAGAUGAUUGUUCAGGUUUCUCAUUGUGUUAGAUGCUGCUGUUUUAUAAUAUCAUAUAUCGAGAACAAACUGGAUUACAACAUAGAAAAAAAGAAAGAAUUUUAUGAACUCCUGUUAGAAGACUUCAUUUCGAGUUUGUUUUGUAGAAAGGUUGGUCUUUUGUAGCCAUUCUUUAUGAUAAUCGUUUCUGUAAUUCAUUUUCUGGGCAAACUUGUGUCCUCUUUUGUGAAGGUCAUGUUACUAAUUAAUUCAUUUUGGUAUUGAGAUGUUUUUUUGGCUCU